AGAGCCAUAAACUGCGUAGUAAACAUGAGAAAUGAGAAAAUGUGAUGAUCAUGAAAAAGAUCGAGAAGGUUAAUUUUACGAGAAAUAAUGAAUGAAAAUAAUCCGGUGAGCCUCGUGAGCGAUGAAGAGGGAAUAAAUUGUGUUUUUAUCAAAGAGGAAUCUAUAAUUACGUAUGAAUCAGGGAAAAUGGCGUCAAUGGUGGUUGAGGAGCCCACCCGGAAUAAGGUUGAUCCUUUAGCUUGCGAAGAGAUGCCAUUGAUCUCCACAGCUACUGAUUCUGCUUCAAUGCCAAGGAAGAAUACAAAGAAAUUGAUACAAAUCAAUCAAUCAACGACAGAGGAUUAUUUUGACCCAACAAGGUUCCAUUGUGCUCUUUGUCUUCGUUCUUUUUCGCGAAAAUAUAAAGUGAUGGAGCAUCUAUUGAAACACCAUAACAAGAAGAACCCAUUUCGCUGCAACAAAUGUGGGAUGCGCUUUGAAAAGCUAAAAGGCCUUCAAGCACACAAAUUGUAUCACAAUGCUGUUCAAUGCAUUUUUUGCAGAAUAAAAGUUCGGAACAACAUUUCGCUCAUUCGUCACAUACAGAAAUGUCACAAAAGGGAUUAUAAUUCGGUCGAAGAGCCUGUUGAAAGAUUCGAAACGACUCCAAACCGUGCAGAAGUGAUAGAAGAAUCCCGGAAUGUGAUAAGCCAAGAACGCAGCACAGAUCCUGUUCAAGAACCAGUAAUUUUCUUGAGCCAAGAAACACAAAUGGAUGUUCUAAAAGAGCCUGAUAAGACACCACCACCUCAUCCACAACAUGUUUGUGAUAUUUGCUCAAAGAAAUUCACUGAUCAAUCAGAAAGGAAUAGCCACAUUAAGGAAAUUCAUUUCGGGAUUAAAAGGAAACUCGUCCAUACAGAGGAAGUUAUUUGUAUUGAUUGAGUGCAGAUAAACUGAUAAGAAGAAAUGUAAGAUCUAAUAAAGAUUUGUUCUUAAUCUGA